AUGUCCGCUCCCGUCUCCAACGGCAAAUUCUCCUUCUCCGUCGAUAGUUUCUACGUCGAAUCCUCCGGCCACAAGCUACACCGUCGCGCCCCGCUCCACGAGCUCACCCCCGACCCCGUCGGUCACUGGUACGAAGCCCAGCUUCUGCACUAUGGCCUGCCUCCGUCCAAGACUAAGGCGGUGGCCAAGAUGAGAUUACUGGAUGCGGUGCGGGGUGGCAAUCUCGUCGUGCCAAAGGAUAUCGCCAAGGGGGCGGCGGCCGGAGCGGGGGAGCAGAAGAAGACUCCUGCGUCGAGGAAGAGGCAGAAUGCUGAUGAUGCUGAUGCUGAUGCUGAUGCUGAUGCUGAUGGGGAUGCAGCUCAGGCUAAGGGGACGAAGAAGACUAAAGCUGCCGAGUCAAAGACAACCCCCGGGACUACCACUGCCACUGCCAAAUCUACCAAGCCUGCAGCACAGUCUGAGCCAAAAGCCAAGGCCGCAAAACCUGCCGAAUCCAAAGCCAAAAAGGCGGAUAAAGCGAGUACGGGAUCGACCGCUGCUAAGAAGACUCCGGCCAAGAAGACAGAUGAGCCUAGCAUGGCUCCUGCACGCGGGACCGGCCGUGGAGGAGCAUCAUCUGGACGCAGAAAAGCAGAGUCAGCCAAAGACAAAGACGAAGACGAAGAAAAGACGGGGGCGAGACCUCCACGGACGAAGCAGACAGCCCGUCGCUCUCGUCCGUUUACUCCUGCGUUUGUAGGCAGGCGCCCGAUGGCACCACCGGUCGAGGAAGAUCAUUACGACCCGAUGGACAUUGAUGAGCCUGAGUCUGAGUCCGAGCUUAAGUCUGAGGAUUCUCCCAGCGACCCGGACACACUAGCCCACGGAUCCCUUGGCCUGGUCAAUGGCGAAUAUGAGAUCUUCUCACAAGAUCUCAACGAGCGGGGUGAGUACCCUGAAGACGAGUUCAAUCUCAUCCCCAGCCUCGCGGGGAGCGAGAUGUGGGGGGCCUAUGACUUUGGGAUGUUCUCCGAGUGUGAGAAUGAGCAACGUAGGCGAUGGGGAGGCUGGUAG